UCCUUCCCUCGCUCUCUUUUUCCCGGCAUUCUUUUGGCCGAGUGGGUGGCGCUUAGGCGAGCCGUGAGGGAGCGAGCGAGGCCUGUGGAGAGUGCUGGCUGCGCGCGCCGCUCCCCUUGUCUCCUCUCUCAGGCGCUCCCCGUGCCAGCCGCGGCGGCGCGUGCGAAGCAUUCGCCCCCCCCUCUCCCUCCCGCCUUCUCCCGCGGCGGAGCGUUCCGUCGAGGCCUGCGGCGUCCCGCUCCUUCCUCCUCCUGCCCUUCUCACGCCUUGUUUUUGCUUGGUGGGAAGCGGACAUGUCGGCCUCGGCAACGGCUCCGGCGACCGCUCCAACCGAGACGGCGGCUGGUGGGGACAAGCAACGUUCCCCAGCCAGUGCUAGCGCCACCGCCACGAGUGGAUCCGCCGCGACGGACGGCAUCGACCUCCUGGAGAAGUGCGGCGUGUGCCGGGAGCGCCUCCGCUCCGAACGAGACCCGCGCCUUUUGCCUUGUCUCCACACCGUCUGCAAGGAGUGUCUCAAGACCGAGCCCGCCGUCGGAGGGGGCAACAACAAGGAUGGCCAAGUAGUUGACUGUCCUGUGUGCAAGCACCAAUGUUUUCUCAAGGACAUUGUGGAGAAUUACUUCCUGAGGGAUGGCGGUACAGAGCCUCUGGGGGAUGCUAGAGAUGCCAACCAGUGUUGCACCAGUUGUGAAGACAAUGCUCCCGCUUCCAGCUACUGUGUGGAGUGUUCAGAGCCCCUGUGCGAGACAUGCGUGGAAGCUCACCAGAGAGUGAAGUACACCAAGGACCACACUGUCCGGUCCACAGGCUCUUCCAAGUCUCAGGAGAGAGAGAAGACUGUCUACUGCUCCGUCCACAAACAUGAGCCAUUGGUGCUGUUCUGUGACACUUGUGACACCCUGACCUGCCGGGACUGCCAGCUGAAUGCACACAAGGAUCAUCAGUACCAGUUCUUAGAGGAUGCAGUCAAGAACCAGCGCAAGAUGCUGGCCUCACUGGUCAAGCGCCUGGGUGAUAAGCAUGCCAAUCUCCAGAAAUCAACCAAGGAAGUGCGUACCUCGAUCCGUCAAGUGGCGGAUGUGCAGAAGCGUGUACAGGUAGAUGUGAAGAUGGCUAUCCUGCAGAUCAUGAAGGAGCUCAAUAAGCGGGGCAAAGUCCUGGUCAAUGAUGCACAGAAAGUCACUGAAGGACAGCAGGAGAAGCUAGAGAGACAGCACUGGACCAUGACUAAGCUCCAACGCCACCAGGAGCACAUCCUACGCUUUGCGAACUGGGCCUUGGAGAGUGACAACAACACUGCUCUGCUGCUCUCCAAAAAAUUGAUUUACUUCCAGCUGCACAGGGCUCUGAAAAUGAUCGUGGAUCCUGUGGAACCCCAUGGAGACAUGAAAUUCCAGUGGGACUUAAAUGCUUGGACCAAGAGCGCAGAGACAUUUGGUCAGAUAAUCUCGGAACGGAGCGGCUUGCCAGUGGUACUCAAUGCCCAGACUCCCCAGCAGCGAGCCAAUGCCACCUCUGGAGCUGCAUCUGGAGUAGCAGCAGUCAGGCAGCCUGGUGUCCCACCUUCUCAGGGUGUCCAACAAAUGUCUCUGCAGACAAGCAUGGUGAACAAGGGAGCCCUGCUUCAGCCCGUGCUGCCUUCUAACAGCCAACGGCAGGCUAUCCCUGACUGCUACAUCAACGAUGCUGGUGCCUCUUCUGCAGGGCAGCCAAUGGACAUAAGUGACGGCUUUGGUGUAGAAGGAUCAUAUUCUGGUGAGGCAAAUGUAUCUGGAACAAAAAGGCCCCGUGGCCAAGAUGGAGAGUCAGGUGUCAUGCGCAAAGUGCCCCGUGUAAGUUUGGAGCGACUGGAUGUGGACUUGACAUCGGACAGCCAGCCACCUGUCUUCAAAGUCUUUCCAGGCACUUCCACUGAAGAUUAUAAUCUCAUUGUCAUUGAACGUGGGGCCCAGCAAGCAGCUGCUGCCGCUGCCGCAGCCGCCGCCCAACAAGCAGGCCUGCCAACAGCUGCCACUGCAGUGAAGGAGGAGCAGAUGGAGGCAGCCAUUGACCACCCUGUAGCUGUUGAGGGUAAAGACACCAAGCCCAUCAUCCUACCCCAGGAUGCUCUGUUAGCAGAAGGCUCUGCAGCCCCCCGGCUCAUCUCCCCCAGCGGCAGCACCAGCUCUGCUAUGGAAAUGCAGUCUGUUCAGAGCCACGAUGGCACAGCCAAUGGGGAAGAAGCAGCUUGCUGCAGGGUCUGCCUGAAAGCUGGUGCUGUUGUCAUGUGCGAUGGAUGCAAGAAGUGCUACCACCUGGACUGCCACCUUCCUGCGCUUCAGGAAAUUCCCAGUCAGGAAUGGAAGUGCUUGCUGUGUGAGGAUCCUGUGGCAGCCAGUGAAGAAAGCGGAGCUACCUUGGCUACAAUCUCCGUAGACGGCGAGCUGAAUAUUCUCAGAGAUGCUGACCAGCAGAGAUGUGAACGAGUCCUCCUUGAGUUGCUGUGUUACGAGCCGUGCAGGCCUCUUCACCGACUCUCCAAUGCCACGGAGGGGCAGAACACGAUUGACUUGACCUUGAUCAGAGCCAAGCUGCAGGGGAAGCUCUCGCCUCCCUACACCUCUCCUGACCAGUUCGCAGAAGAUGUCUGGAAGAUGUUUAGGCAGUUCAACAAGCUGACAGAGGACAAGGAGGACGUCCAGUCCAUCAUUGGGCUGCAGCGCUUUUUUGAGUCGAAGCUCAAUGCUGUCUUUGGGGAUCGCAAGUUUUCAGCUCUGGCAGACCCCAUCAAUGUGGACGAGCCACAGAGAGGAGAAAGCAGUGCUUCUGCCCAUGGCUCCUCAGCCACUGAUCUGGGUGAAAUCACUUCUUCCAAGCCUGAAGGAAGUGGUGGGGAUGAGGGAAUGUAACAGACCCCGCCUCCUCUCACCUGGACCAGCAUUCCACAGAGGAGGAAAUGGAUACCUGGUUGAAGUUUCCUUCGCCUGUCUGCCCCCUCUACUCUUUCUGGUCCCUCCUUAAGCAGCCCUCUGUUUCCCUUCUGCACAUCUCUGCCUUUUUUGGAGAGUUAUUGCUUAGGUAAAUGAUUAUAAAUGGUCUGACUUCUCUCCCUCCCCCCCCCACACUUCCCCCUUUCUCCCAUUUUUUGCUUGAUGAAAUUUUAUUCCCUUGUUCUGAAAAGUUGUUUUUUGUAUUGAUUUCUCCUCCCCGUGUCCUAGUAGGCCGCCUCAUUUUUUCAUACUGUUUAUUAAAGAGGUGCCAGUUCCAUAGGCAAAGGUAGUAGUAGUUUUAAAAAUCCAGUUGUUUCUUCCGUGUAGCCGUUCUUUCUGGCUGUACGUAUUUUCAAAUGCUUUCUGGGCCUAGUAGUUUUUCCACACUAUCUCCCGAGAGCUGUUCUCCUGGAAUUGUGCUUUUUUUUUUUUGCUUAUGUAUAUUUUAGAACUUGCUUCUUCCAUGGUCGAGAAAUAAAAGACUUGAUUGCGA